GGAAAGCGGAGAAGAAAAAGUGGAAGGAAAUGAAGCUACUGAGGAAACUGGAAAAACAGCGGGUGCGGGAGCUGGCAGAAAAACAAGCCGAGCAGCAGGAGGAGCAGACGGAGGACAAAGGGCGUCACUACACGCUGAGCGUAGCCCUGCCAGGCUCUAUCUUGAACAACGCCCAGUCUCUGGAGCUGCGGACAUACCUCGCUGGACAGAUUGCUCGGGCCUGUGCCAUCUUCUGCGUGGAUGAGAUCGUAGUGUUUGACGAGCAUGGAGAAGAUGUAAAGNNNGUGGAGGGGGACUUCGACGGAAUUGGGAGGAGAGGCAAGGCUUGCGUGCAGCUGGCUCGGAUCCUGCAGUACUUAGAGUGCCCUCAGUACUUGAGGAAAUCCUUUUUUCCAAAACAUGAGGAUCUGCAGUUUGCAGGGCUUCUCAACCCCCUGGACAGCCCCCACCACAUGCGGGUAGAUGAGGAUUCAGAGUACCGAGAAGGCAUAGUGUUGGACCGGCCAACUAAGCCAGGCAGAGGCUCUUUUGUUAACUGUGGGUUGAGGAAGGAGGUGCAGAUCGACAGGCAGCUGAACCCUGGUCUGCGAGUCACUGUGCACCUGGAGGAACCCCAGAAGCCAGAAGCUAAAGUGCGGAAAGGCACCGUGGUGUCCUCACACCACCCUCGGACAGUCUCGGGCUUGUACUGGGGUUACAGCGUCCGCCUUGCCUCCUGCCUGAGUGCUGUCUUUUCGGAGUGCCCGUUCAAGGAAGGCUACGACCUCUCUAUUGGAACCUCAGAGCGGGGCAGCUCCGUGGACCAGGCUACUCUCCCCUCCUUCAGACAUGCCCUUGUUGUGUUUGGAGGUCUUGAGGGCUUGGAAGCUGGUGUUGAUGUGGACCCAAACCUGGAGGUCACCGACCCAAGUGUCCUGUUUGACUUCUACCUGAACACUUGUCCCAGCCAAGGCAGCAGAACCAUCCGGACAGAGGAAGCACUGCUGAUCUCUCUGUCUGCGCUGAGACCCCACAUCGAUGAGGUGGUGAAGACACUCAGCGACAGCUGA